UGUGAGUACUAACGGCAAACCAUAGCUAAAAAUCAAGUUAAGGAAGGCGCUUCUUUAUUCACUGUUUUCACAUGCCGUUCAGUCGUCGGAAUUCAGUAUGAAAGGAUACCUUUUAACUGCGAUUUUUCUUGAGGUUCUGCAAUGCAUGUAUGCGGCACCUUCUUUAACAGAUAAAGAUGAGUAUCACUUCAAAACAUGGAUGUCGGCGCACAAUAAACAAUAUGGUUUGGAUGAAUAUUACCAGAGGUUACAAAAUUUUAUCGAAAAUAAGAGAAGAAUAGACCAUCACAAUGCUGGAAAUCACAAGUUUACAAUGGGACUAAACCAGUUUGCAGAUAUGACCUUUGCAGAAUUCAAGAAACAGUACCUUAUCACAGAACCUCAGAACUGUUCAGCUACCAAAGGGAAUCAUGUUAGCAGCAAUGGACCCUACCCAGAUGCCAUAGACUGGCGGGAGAAAGGACACUACAUCACUGAUGUGAAGAACCAGGGUCCCUGUGGCAGCUGCUGGACCUUCUCUACUACAGGCUGUCUUGAGUCUGUCACUGCAAUCGCCACAGGAAAGCUUCCCCUACUGGCAGAGCAGCAGUUGGUAGAUUGUGCUGGUGCAUUCAACAAUCAUGGCUGUGAAGGUGGCCUUCCAAGUCAAGCCUUUGAGUAUAUUAAGUACAAUAAAGGCCUAAUGGCAGAGGCUGACUACCCCUACACUGCUCAAGAUGGACCUUGCAAGUACAAUCCCCAACUAGCUGCAGCCUUUGUGAAGGAAGUGGUAAAUAUCACAAAGUAUGAUGAGAUGGGGAUGGUGGAUGCCGUGGCCAGGUUAAAUCCGGUCAGCUUCGCUUUUGAGGUGACGUCUGACUUCAUGCUCUAUCAAAAAGGAGUGUACAGCAGCAAUAAGUGUCACAACACUACAGACAAGGUCAACCAUGCAGUGCUUGCUGUGGGUUAUAAUGAGGAGAACGGCACCCCCUACUGGAUUGUGAAGAACUCUUGGGGACCCACUUGGGGCAUUGAUGGAUAUUUCUACAUUGAGAGGGAAAAAAACAUGUGUGGUCUUGCUGCUUGCUCAUCAUAUCCUCUACCACUAAUAUGAAGAACGUUAUGUGCAUUAAGUUUUACUAAAUAAAUAUUACUACAGUGUACUGUAGCUCAUAACACAAUUUAAGAUUUAGAAUAUACACUCAGUGAAUCAGUGUUUAAUAGCAUUAUACUGCUGUUAAGUGUUCUUAAAUCAAAAUUUUACUGACAACUUUUUAAUGAUUAAGUUUCAUGUCUACCUACAAUUACAUUUUAAGUCAAGUACAAUUAUGACUGUUUUCACUUAAUAAAUGCUUUUUCAAUGAUUA